UUGUCGACUCCUGCAGUUUUUUUGGUCAUACAAAUCUCUUUUUCAGUUCCAAACUUCUUAGCUUUGGCGGAAACCCUAUCUCUCCUCCGUCGAUCCCUCUUUUUUCCUCCUCCUCCUCAGAUUUCUCUCUCUCUCUUUCUUCAUUUAUUUUUCUAGUGUUUUUUUUGCUUUAUUCUAUUUAAAGAAGGUUAAGAAUAAAAAUGUCAAGUGCUUUAGAGAUGUCGCUAGACGACCUCAUCAAGCGAAGCCGUAAGUCCGCAUCCGGAAACUCCCGUGGUCGAGGCCGUGGAUCCGGACCGGGACCAGCCCGCCGCUUUCCUAAUCGCGGAGCAAACCGGUCGGCGCCGUAUUCCACAGCCAAAGCGCCGGAGACGACGUGGCAGCACGAUAUGUAUUCAGAUAAGGGAGCGGCGUUCCAGGGACAAGCAGGUCGGGCCUCCGCAAUCGAAACCGGAACGAAGCUCUACAUCUCAAAUUUAGAUUAUGGUGUUUCCAACGAUGACAUCAAGGAGUUAUUUUCUGAGGUUGGCGACCUGAAACGAUUUACGAUCCAUUAUGAUAGGAGUGGGAGAUCCAAGGGAACAGCAGAAGUUGUCUUCUCACGGCGAACAGAUGCUAUGGCUGCUGUCAAGAGAUACAACAAUGUUCAGCUUGAUGGGAAGCCGAUGAAAAUCGAGAUCGUGGGAACAAAUAUUGCUACUCCUGGUGCACCUUCAGCUGGCAAUGGCACCUUUGGAAAUUCAAAUGGAGCCCCUAGAGGUGGUCAUGGCAGGGGUGGAGGCUUUGGCAGGCAACGAGGUGGUGGCGGAGCCCGUGGCGUUGGAAGAGGCCGUGGAUGGGGAAAGGGCCGUGGAGAAAAGGUUUCUGCAGAAGAUCUUGAUGCUGAUCUAGAGAAGUAUCAUUCUGAAGCAAUGCAGACAAACUGAAGCAUUUCUCAUGUUCUGUUGAUUGGUUUUAAGUCUUUUCUACUGUGGACAUUAUGUGCUUGAUCUCCGACUAUGUUGUGUAUCUCUACGAAAAUCAUACUCUUUAGAGGAACUACUCAUGGAGAAAACUGUUAGAAUCUUGAUUUAUGGAGUUUGGGCUUUUACUGUUCAUUGUUCCUUUGACUUGGGUAUAAAGAAUGUGGGUUAGUGGACAGCUUUCAUUUUGUAAUCUGCAAUUGUGCUUUUGGUUUCAUUGAAACUCUCAUCCCACAAGUCGGGAACAAAAGCAGAAACUGUUUCUCUCGGUUUUCCAUAUGCAAAAGAAUCUUUGGCUGCACGCUGUGGGAGGAGUAAUCUUGCCAUUGCCCAGAGCUGCAUUGCCGUUUGGUUGCUCCUGCAUUGUGAAACCAGGGAGACUGCAAGCGAGGUAGAUUCUUUUAUGUUCUUUCUCUUUUGAUUCUUUUUAGCUGCUUAGAUUUUUCUGCUUUGUGUUGUUGAUGAUGCAGUUGGUUUUCCUGUUUAAGCUUUUAGGCAUUUUAAGUUACCUCACUCUCUUAUAUUAUUGAGGGAAUAUAUUUUUCCCCAUUAUAUGUCAUGGCUGCUGAUGUAGCUUAUUGUAGUCAAUUAUUGUAGAAUCUCUCUGCUUCAGUUCAACCAGUUGAUUUCUUGGUGGACAAAUAUUGUUGAAAGCGUUAUACAAUUGGCAUAUAGGAGCUUGUUGUGGAUCCUUUUUUCAAGUUGAAACGGUUAUAGGAAUCUGUCAAAUAGUUUGCACUUUCUUCAGAUUCCGUGGAAAGUGACUGAAGUCUCAGCAUAUACCUGCUUUUCUUUUUUGGGGUCAGCUGGAAUGUGCGGCCUUGCUCGUAAGCUCUUUGCUUGCGAAGGCAUUGGUUCAGUGCAAUUUGCUGCUUAACCCCGAAAAGUGGUUUUGAAGAAAAGCUCUGGCUAUCAGGUGUGGUUUGAAAUUGUGGUGGAGGAAGUCAAAUAUUAUGAACGGUGUGAAAACCAUUAGUGGGUAGUUAGGGCAUAUGAAUAUACUUGGUCAACUGCUGAGAUUGAAAAUGGUGGGAACCUACAUGAUGUUAUGUGACUAUGUGAGCUGCUAUGCUAUUGCUUGGAGCAAAUGGCUUUAAUUCAACAUGAAGCAUCCCUACUUUUUCUCUGAUUCGACUUUAAGAAAGUGAAUAUUAGGGUAAGAGAACAACAAAAUGCAAUGAUUUUUAUUUGCUGUAGUACCGGUUCUUUUCAUGGCUGCCAUCUCCUUGUGAGUAAUAGCUUUGGAUGUUAGCCCCAACGUUUGGACUAGAAGUUGGUGAGGGCCUAUUUACUACUGACUUGCCUAGUUCCUGACCUGUUGCUCCAUGUUACUCUUAAUCAACUUCAGGUCUCUAUGAUUAUUGAAUGCUAAUCAUCAUAGUUUACAUGGAUCAAGAAUUCACUCUUUUACCAAUUUAUAAAUGCAUCUUAUCCAUGAGGUAAUGUCUGGAGGAAUGUUUGUUUACUCUUGGAGUCAUUUUAAGUGGGUGGACUUUAAACGUUGGUGAAGGAUGUGGUCGGAUUUGGAUGUUUUCUGCGAGGGUGGUCUGGAAUCUCUUUGAUUUGCAUUCACCCCUUUGGCAUAUUGCAGAUUGUGGUUUCUUCUGGUUGGUGAUGAGUCUUUCAAUCUAGCUUCUCCGGGUCAGAUCAACUAUGUUAAUUAUGCCCGUAAAUCUCCAUUGAGCCAUAUGAUGGGUUGUUAAACUGAUUUUUUAUGCUAUAUCUUCUUUUGUCUAUUUUUUUUUUCCAAUUUUUAUGCAUGUUACCAAGGUGAUUCAAUUUAUUUUCCUUUGGUAACAUAUGCUGCAAGCAUUUCUGCAUCUCCAAUUUGUUCUCUAGUGGAAAUUUAUUUUGAAGCAUACCCUUUUUCGAAUAUUUUAGAACUUGUAUUGAACUGAAAUUUGUUGGAAAUAACUCUAAAUGUGUCU